GGCACUGUGAUCCGCCAGCUGACUCAGGAUACAGGAUAAAGAAAACAAUAAUAGAAAAAUAGUGUAAAAAUGGAUGGAAAUCUAAAGGAUUUGGCUGUGGAAACGUACAGCCGUAUGGUCACGGCAGAGCUACGCAUUAACGAAUUGGUGCAGGAGCGUUUGAGCUUUGGCGAUCCACUGUGGCGCCUCUUCACAGUCUACCUGGAGCCGGGAUUCCUCUUCAAUCUGGUGAUUCCCAUGUGCGGCAUUUACAGCCAGGCGCUACUCACCCGGCUGCUCUUUGCGGUUGGCCUGGCCAGCACGCUAAACUCCUUUGCCAAGUGGAUACUUCCCGAGCAGCGUCCUUUGUGGUUACUCCGAGAGAUGUACGCUAGCAGUGUGCGCAGCCCCAGCCCUGGCAUCGCCCUGGAGAGCCAUCCGCUGAGCUGCGAGACGACUGCCGGCAUGCCCUGUGCGCAUUCCAUGUCCUUCACCGUGUUCACGCUCACCAUCUGGAUGUUCCUCUCCGCUCACGUUCAUUCCCGCCAGCGCUGGCUCGCCGGUACAGUGGCUUUCGGUUUGAUUUUCUGCAUGUGGCUAAGUCGCCUGUACUUGGCCACGGAGUUUCUGCACCAAUGUGUCCUUGGCACUUUCAUUGGCAUUCAAGCUAUGGACGCCCUGCAGCAAAAUUCUGACUAUUUGUGGUCGAGGCGUCGACGCUGGACAGUGACUGGCGUGCUGCUGUUGGGUGGCCUUGCCGCCGCAGUGUAUUUUGCAAAGCUUAACCUGGACGUCGAUCCGCAUUGGUCUGUGCGAGAGGCCUUCAAGUGGUGCCCGGAUCCUUCUUACAUGCGACACGAGGCUAGUCCCAUUUUCUAUCUGGUCCGAGACCUGGGAAUUCUCAUGGGCAUAGCUCUGGCAUCGCCCCUCUCCAAUCUGGACAUCAAAAAUGCAUCAAUUUGGCGACGUUGCGCUAGCCUGUUGGUCCUGGAACUGUUAAAUUUCGGAAUGCGCUGGGCCACGCCAAAGCAGUAUGGACGUUUCGCCUUCUUGGCAUACGAGUUGCUCCGAAAUGCUUUGCACUCUCUGCUACUGCUAAAGUACAUACCAAAGUUUAAGUAGUUUUUGGAUCCCUU